GCUCGCUGAGGUGCGCGCGGCGGUGGCGGCGGCGGCGCGUGGCAGGUCCGGCGGGCGCCAGGAGGCGGUGGCCCGACCCCGGCCCAGCCUCGUCCCGCCCGCCCGCCCGCCCGGCCCCGAUCCUGACCCCGACUCAUCCGACUGGCCCGCCCGGCUCGCCGUGGCCCCGCCCCGGCCCCGGCACCUCCUGAGGGAGAGGCGCCGCCGGCCGAGCGCAGGCCCGGCCAUGACCGACUUCAAAUUGGGCAUCGUGCGGCUCGGCCGGGUGGCCGGGAAGACCAAGUACACAUUGAUAGAUGAGCAGGACAUCCCGCUGGUGGAGGGCUACUCCUUUGAGGCCCGGAUGGAAGUAGACGCAGAUGGAAAUGGUGCUAAGAUAUUUGCAUACGCCUUUGACAAGAACCGAGGAAGGGGGUCGGGAAGGCUCCUUCAUGAGCUGCUGUGGGAGCGGCACAGGGGGGGCAUCGCCCCCGGGUUUCAGGUGGUGCACCUCAACGCUGUCACUGUGGACAAUCGCCUGGACAACCUGCAGCUGGUGCCGCGGGGCUGGCGGCCCAGAGCCGAGGAGACCUCCAGCAAGCAGAGGGAGCAAAGCUUAUACUGGCUGGCGAUUCAGCAGCUGCCCACGGACCCCAUAGAGGAACAGUUCCCCGUCCUGAACGUGACCCGGUACUACAACGCCAACGGGGACGUGGUGGAGGAGGAGGAGACGUCCUGCACCUACUACGAGUGCCAUUACCCGCCCUGCACGAUGAUCGAGAAGCAGCUCCGGGAGUUCAACAUCUGCGGGCGCUGCCAGGUGGCGCGCUACUGCGGCUCCCAGUGCCAGCAGAAGGACUGGCCAGCCCACAAGAAGCACUGCCGGGAGAAGAGGCGCCCCUUGCAGCACGAGCUUGAGCCGGAGCGAUGACCGGCCGGUCAAGUGGCUUCUCAUCUCCCCGGGCUGCGGGCGCGGCUGGCGGCUGGACCGGGGCCACCAGGGGGGCUGCACCUGCCCCUGCCCCUGCUCCGCCACCGGAGGCCCCCCCGCACGCCGCGGAGCAGAGACAGCUGGGAGGCCCCCCGGGACGCUUCUCAUUAUUUAUAUGUUAAUAUGUUUGUAAACUCAUGUACAGUUUUUUUGGGGGGGGAGGCAGCGGGAGGGUUAGAAAGUACAAAUAGGGUCAUUUGCUGUAACACUCACUUUCCGGGCGGCUGAGCCGAGGAGGGCGGCCCGCCCGGGCUGGGGCAAAGUAAAGGGUGGGACCGCCCGG